AUGAGUACAGACAGAAUUGCACUAGACGCAUCUAUUUCUAUACCACCACGUGAGGUUACCACAACGUUGACAGUACGAAAUGUGCAGACAACACUGAACUACUAUCGAAAUCCUGGUGAUGGUUCACCGCCGACCCCAGUAUAUGUUGGCGGGAAUACCGUGCAGAACGAAAGGCCGACUAUUCCAGUGUCUGUCACAAUACGAGAUGUAACAGGAUCAGAAAAGAAUUUCACCCUGGACACGCACGGGUUUCAGUUCAUCAAGCAUGAAAGUGCCAUGAAGCUAUUUGAUUCCGAAAGUGAGAUAAAAGAAGGAUACUACCCCGAAUGCGUGAAUCUGUAUAAGCAAAUAACCGGUGCAUCUCGGGUCCUGAUCUUCGGGCAUCUUGUUCGGCGAGGUCCAACACACUGGCAUUCACUAGGGAACGGAAACGCAGCAAACAAGGGGCCACUUCACCGCGUCCAUGUCGAUCAAUCCUAUGCCGGGGCAGAGCUCAUACUUCGCAAACAGCUUCUUGAUGAAGCUGAAUCCACCUUAGCUCGAGAAAAUCGCUGGCAAAUCGUAAACCUCUGGAGGCCCGUCAGUACAAUAUUCAAGGAUCCGCUUGCCGUUGCAGCGGCAGCAUCAAUUUCCGAGGACGAUCUGGUAGAGGCCAAAGUGUUAUACACAAACCAGUCUCCUCCGUGGAACCGGAACGAAACUUGGGCAGUUCAACCAGGCCAAGGCCAUUCGUGGUUCUUUAAAAAUGAGCAGAAGCCCGAUGAUGUCUUGUUAAUCAAGUGUUUCGACAGCGACGAGAAGGUGGGCGUGGCUCGGCGAGCGCCUCAUUGCGCCUUCAGAGACCCUGAACGCGAAGGCCAUGUCUGGAAUGAUAGAGAAAGCAUUGAAGUGCGUGCACUUCUUUUCUACAAUUAA